CGGAGAAUUCAUCAAAUACCAGAGCUCCCGGUACACUUAGAGUGGAGUUUAAAACCCUCUUCAGAAGUACUUUAGUAAUCUUUGCGCGUAAAGUUCUCACAGAAAACACUAAAACCGGAUUUAUUUUUUUAUUUUUCGAUAUUUAUCGUUGUGAAGAAUAAACAGUUUCUUGUUUAUUAUUUUAAAUACACCCUUUCAGCCAUGACUUCAAGCAGCGACGCUUUGGAAAUAACUGGCAAUGAGCUGGUUCACAUACUAAGGACCCCCCGGGACCAGUACACCUCUGCUGGGUGUGUAGUGCUGGACUGCAGGCCUUUUCUCGAUUUUUCUUUUGCGCACAUUUGCGAGUCCCGAAACGUGAACUGGAACUCGAUGCUGCGCCGCAGAUCCAAGAGCUCGGUGGUGGCUCUGGAGUGGCUCAUCCCGGACAAGUCGCUCCUGGGCCGGCUGCGCCGCGGGGAGUUCUCCCCGGUGGUGGUGGUGGAUGAGCGCAGCCUCUCCGUGGCCGAGCUGAAGGCAGAGAGUGUGGCCCAAAUGCUGCUCACCGCCCUGCAAAACGAGGUUCAGACGCAGGUCUGCUUUCUACAAGGUGGAUUUGAGGGAUUUUCAGAGGCCUAUCCGGAGCUCUGUUACAACUCUGCCAGCAGUCACCUCUCUACAGCGGAACCAGAGCCAACAGUGACGGGGAGGAGGACACCAGCAUACGACCAGGAUGGUCCAGUGGAGCUGCUGCCCUUCCUGUUUUUGGGCAGUGCCAUUCACUCCUCCCGCAGAGAGACCCUGGCAGCAGCGGGCAUCACGGCCGUGCUCAACGUUUCCUCCACAUGCCCCAACUUCUACGAGGGAGAGUUUCAGUACCUGCGGCUCACUGUGGAGGACAGCCUCGCCGCUGACAUCAGAGCCUGCUUCUCCACAGCCAUAGCCUUCAUCGACUCAGUGAAGCAGAGUGGUGGUCGGGUGCUGGUGCACUGCCAGGCAGGUAUCUCCCGCUCCGCCACCAUCUGUCUGGCCUACCUCAUGCACACGCAGCGCGUCAAGCUGGACGAGGCCUUUGACUUUGUGAAGCGGCGGCGUCACGUCAUCUCCCCCAACCUGGCCUUCAUGGGACAGCUGCUGCAGUUUGAGACUGACGUCCUCUGCCAGGGGUGAAGACCCAGGCGCGUUAAGGAGGAAACUUACGUGACUGUACUUUCUUUAAUGAAUUCUCCUGCCUCUUGUGGGCGUUGUGCUGGACUCAGAGCAUUAUUAGGACUCAGAUCAUAUGUACAAAUGUACUGUUUGUACUAUUGAAAGUACUACAUUUCAGAAGUGUGUGCUUUCAGAGGAAAGCUACUCAUGCUGCUGGCAUCACACAUCUGUUGGCUCCUAUUUUCAGGAGAAAGUGACAAAUGGGAUCCUGAUACAACAAACAGCCGUUGGCAAUAUAAACUCCACUGUUAGAACAUUAUGAACAACUGUGAUUCUGAGCCAGCAAGUUGGAGCAGCUAUGAGGUAAUUUCCCUGACGUUUUCUACUUGAGGGGAAUUGUGCCUGUUUGUCUGGUUUUGUGUAUGUUUGUGUUUGAUUUAUGUGCCUGGUCUUUUGCAAGGGCUGUUUUAUUUUCAUACUGAAAGUCAUUCCUUCACAGUUGCGACCACUGUGACAUGACACAUCUUUUUGUGAGACAACACUGUGUUAACUACUUAAAGGCAAUACUGGAUGAGUCAAGUUUUAUUGUCUAAUUUAUAAAAUCACAUUAACUGCAGUUGGUGUGUAAUUGUGAGUCUGAUCAUUCUGUAUCCUGAGACAUGUUACACUUUGUAAACUCAAAUUGGAAGAAGUUAUUUUUAUUGUGUAAAUAGAAUUUUUAUUUUUAUUUAUUCAGCAUUUGUUGUGACAGUAUUCACAUUAUUACUGUCUGUUACUGCACUUUAUACGCACAAAGUUUAGCUGAUUUCCUGCUGUUUUCUCCACUAAAAUAAAAACAUGCU